CCUCGUCCUCGUGACCUCGUCCACGCAUCACAAACCCUAAUCGUACUCUCUUUCCCCAAAUCACUCCUCUCCAACGAACCAAUCAAACCCUAGCAAUGGCAAAUCCUAAGGUUUUCUUUGACAUGACGAUCGGAGGCCAGCCGGCCGGCCGCAUCGUGAUGGAGCUCUACGCCGACACCACCCCCCGCACCGCUGAGAACUUCAGGGCUCUCUGCACUGGCGAGAAGGGCGUCGGCCGCUCCGGCAAGCCCCUCCACUACAAGGGAUCCGCCUUCCACCGCGUGAUCCCCGGUUUCAUGUGCCAGGGAGGUGAUUUCACUGCCGGAAACGGCACCGGAGGCGAGUCGAUCUACGGCGCCAAGUUCGCGGACGAGAACUUCAACAAGAAGCACACCGGACCCGGAAUCUUGUCCAUGGCCAACGCCGGUCCCGGAACUAACGGAUCUCAGUUCUUCAUCUGCACCGCCAAGACCGAGUGGCUCGACGGCAAGCACGUGGUGUUCGGGCAGGUGGUCGAGGGGCUCGACGUGGUGAAGAACAUCGAGAAGGUGGGGUCUGGACAGGGAAGGACCUCGAAGCCGGUGGUGGUCGCCGACUGUGGCCAGCUCUCCUAGACGAUGCCGUUUCGGCUGCUCAUCUGUGGAUGAUGGAAACGUCGUCGUUCUAUGUCUUUGUUCUUAUGAGUCUUUAAAUUUGGGUACUAAUUAGGUGGCGUCAUAUUAGGGUUUGGGUUAUGGACCUUAUUAUGGUUUGAUUAUCUGAUUUUCCGUCUAAUGCUCUUCCGGUGGUUUCUCAUCUGAGACUCUUUAUUCUCUGUCGAACUGAGCUAUUAUCGUUAAAUAAAUUAGGCUUUUUCUCAGUUA